AUGCUAGUGACGCAGUUCCGUAACGCGUCUCUGAGCACGGACGGCGUCGGACGGUCAACUACCGCAUUGGACGAGCGGCCAGAGGUCGAUGUGGUGACCUCGGGGCCGGAUCAGCUGAACGCUGUCCGGCCACAGCGCACGGCUGACGGUAACCGGAGCCGCCAGCGGCGCACGGUCCGCUGCUACCGCUGCGGCCGCGACUGGCUGCGGGCUCUGGACAUAAGUGUGGGCGGCGGAGAGACGGCGGUGAUGGACGUCACGCCGGAACGAGGGACGGCGGACCUGGAGGCGGUCUGUAACAGGCACAAGUCGGUGUUUGACGGCACACCGGGGCGCAUCAGUGGAGUAAAGGCGCACCUGACACUGAAACCGGAUGCACGGCCGGUGUCACGGCCGGUGCGCUCGCCUCCAUAUGCACUGAAACCGGCCGUCGAGCAGGAGCUCGACCGCUGGGUGCAGGCCGGGAUCGCGGAAAAAGUCGGUCCAAACGACGCGCCCGGCUGGGGAACACCACUGGUGACGGUGCCACGGGUUGAUGGCGGUGUGCGUCUGUGCGGUGAUUAUCGACUGACGGUAAACCCGCAGCUGCAAAUGGCGACGCAUCCUACGUCAUCCGCCGAGGACAUCUUUGCGAGCGUCCGAGGACGGCGGUUCUGCAAACUGGACCUGAAAGACGCCUUCCUGCAGCUGGAGCUCGCGGAGGAAUCGCGGGAUAUGACAACAGUCGUCACGCACCGAGGACGGUAUCGGAUGAAAUCCCUACCGUUCGGCAUAUCGGCGUGCAGUUCGGUGUUUCAGGCAGCAAUCGAUCACAUCCUGGAUGGCAUAGACGGGUGUGUGGCCUAUCAAGACGAUCUGCUGGUGACGGCGGCGAACAUGACAGACCUGUGCGUGCGCUUGGAUGAAGUGCUAACUCGGCUGGAAGCUCAUGGGGUGAAGCUGAAACGGGAAAAGUGUCAACUUGGACUCGACGAGGUGCAGUACCUCGGCUGGCGCAUCUCAGCACAGGGGCUGCGUCCAGUACAGGAGAAAGUUGACGCAGUGAUCGACAUGCCGGACCCUAAAGAUGUGAAAAGUCUGCGCAGCAUCUUGGGGAGCAUCAACUACUACCAGCGCGUGCUUCCCAACCUCUCCACGGAACUAGCGCCGCUGUACGAGCUCUUACAGAAGGGCGCCACGUGGAAAUGGACUAAUGUGCACAAAAACGCACUGGUCAGAGUGCGGAAACUGCUGGCAGGGGACACAGUCCUAAAGCGGUACGAUGCAGAGGCGCCGCUCAAGCUCGUCACAGAUAGCAGUGAAGUCGGCGUGGGAGCCGUGCUUCUGCAGCCUGACGAGGAAGGACUGGAGCGUCCGGUGAUGUACGCCUCUCGGACACUCACAAAAACGGAGAGGAAAUAUCCAAUGGUAGAGAAGGAGGCGCUGGCGGUGUCCUUCGCUGUCAAGCGCUUCGGUCAGUUUCUCUACGGCCGGAGAUGGACCCUGGUCACGGACAACAGGGCGCUGUCGCGCAUCUUGAGUCCGGAGCGCGAGCUGCCAACGCUGGCUGCGGCCAGGCUCCAGCGGUAUGCGCUGCAGCUCGCGGCUUUCACCUACGAUGUGGAGCUACGUCCAUCAGAAGACAUGCACCUGGCGGACAGUCUGUCUCGUAUGGCAGUGCCAGGCGGAGAGGUCGAGCCAACGGAUGCUGAGGACGACAACAGCGGCGGCUCGUACCUGCUGUUCAUGGACGGAGUAGCUCCAGUUCUGACGGCCAAACAACUCGCGGCGGCGACACGCCGCGAUCGGGUACUGUCGCGCGUCCUGACGUACGUGCACAGUGGGUGGCCCGGACAGGUGGAGCAGGAGCUGGCCCCGUUCCGUCAGAGGCGGGAUGAGCUCUCCACGGACCUGGGAUGUCUGCUCUGGGGUGGCAGGACGGUGGUUCCCCACUGCCUUCGGCAACAGGUGCUGGCAGAGCUGCACCAAGGUCACCUGGGCAGCGCCAAAAUGAAAGGUGUGGCGCGCCGAUACGUAUGGUGGCCGGGCAUGGACGCCGAGCUGGAGGCCCUGGCGCUUCCUGAACUCGAAUGGGAUUCGGCACAUCAGGACAGCGCCGUGGCAUCCAAGUAG